UUAACCGUGCAUUGGUUGAUGUAAAUAAACCCCAAACGGGGUAAACAAAUUUAUUAUUAAACUAAAGUUAAAAAAAUGUCUUACAAUCUUCAAAUAUGUGCGAAUAUCUGUGAUCUAAAUGACGAUGCAUUGGCCUACAUAUUUCAACAUCUGUCACUGGAUGAUUUAGAUCGAUUAGUAGCGGUUUGCAAACGGUUCUACUUUGUAGUCAACACAUAUGUUUAUGCCAUGAUUAGUGCUCAUCUUCUACGCACGGGACAUCGGCGGUUACGAAAUUCAACAAGUCUACCUAGCAGGGACCUUCAUGAUUUCAGCUACCGAAAGCGCAUUUGCCUACAUGACAACUGGCGCUACGGUCGAUAUCUAGAGAAGCAGAUGUUUUACCAUGGUAUGAUUUAUUUCUCACAAAUAAUCCUUGAAAGUAAGAUGUUAUAUAUGACGCAUCGAGGACAACUUAGGGCACACAAAAGAAUAGCUAACAGGAAUGACAAUGUUAUAAUACGGAAGCCUAGCUGGACAAUCGGACUUUUCACCUCCUCUGACAUAACUUGGAUGGUUAAAAAGGAAGAUCUAAUAUUCACUGGUCGCAUGGAUGGGUCUUGUUCUAUAUAUGAUCGUGGGAAUCGUAUCUCCAGGUUUUACCAACUUUCAAAUAGUCCAGUCACUUCUGUCGAUUUUGACGGGGAUCUGUUCGUCUGCACUAAUAAAUCUGAAUCGACGACUUUUUGGUCCGGUAACAGAAAGCUGGACCUGGAAAAAAAACUAGAGCUGAGCGACGGUUAUCAGACAAUAAAAUUAUGCCCCAAUGGAAAACGUCAGUUGGCCGCUGGACGGUACAGUGAUCGUGAAAAGAAGGCAUUAAAGCUGAUAGAUGUAGAAAGUGGAAAGACUACAACAUUAAAUUCUUCAACACGGGCAGUCUAUCAUGUUUUAUGGAAAGAUUCGAACACAGUGUUAACCGGAAAUUUUGAUACCACCUUUCGAGUUGUGGACACACGAACCAGUCGAGACGAAGCUGUGUGGACUGAUCCAUAUGAUGCUUCCGUUUACUGCCUUGAUUACGACGGAGCCCACUCAGUACUGUGCGGAAUGAAAUACAACUUCAGGGUUAACUCGCUCGAUCUACGCAUGCCGAAGCGCUGUAUUCAAAUGUAUUUUUCCUCUAAGAUGCUGUCCCACUACUCACCGGUAUACAGUUUAGCUGCCGAUACUAGCCAACUGUUCAUCGUGACAGAUCAUGAUCUGCGUAUUUUAAAUUUUGACGCUGACUACGCCGAUAAAAAAGAUUACACAUACGAUUUAGUCAAAUGGUAUUAUUGAAGAAAUAAAUUAGGGUAAAAUCGGA